AGUGCUGCGGGCAGCAGGCUGGGCUCGUGUUCAGUUGCCUGUUGUUUUGGCUCGGCGUUGCCACACCAUGUCUUCUCAUACACCAUUGAUGCCACCUCCUGCGCUCCUGGUACAGCCACUGUUUGUCCCAGAGAGGCUAUUGCUGGGCCCUGGGCCGUCCAAUUCUCCUCCCCGGAUCUUGUCUGCAGGUGGUCGACAGCUCAUAGGACAUAUGCACAAAGAAAUGAUCCAGAUAAUGGAUGAGAUCAAACUGGGAAUCCAGUAUGCAUUCCAGACACAGAACCCUCUUACAUUGGCUGUCAGUGGCACUGGCCAUUGUGCCAUGGAAGCAGCCUUCCUGAAUGUAGUGGAGCAGGGUGACAAAGUGCUGAUAGCAGUGAAUGGAAUUUGGGGCGAACGAGCAACGGACAUUGCCAAGAGGCUGGGAGCUGAAGUACAUCAACUGAUAAAGACCCCCGGAGAGUACUUUACUCUAGAAGAAAUAGAGAGGGGUUUGGUGGAGCAUGCCCCCUUCUUACUUUUCAUCACACAUGGAGAAUCAUCUACUGGAGUGGUUCAGCCUCUAGAUGGCCUUGGAGACCUUUGUCACAGGCAUAAUUGUUUAUUACUAGUAGAUGCUGUGGCAUCCCUUGGUGGCACUCCAAUUCUCAUGGACCAGCAAGGAAUUGACAUUCUCUACUCUGGUUCCCAAAAAGUCUUAAGUGCACCACCUGGUGCUUCUCCUAUCUCUUUCAGCGAAAGAGCCAGGAAGAAGAUUUCCAGUAGGAAGACAAAACCAAUCUCCUUCUAUCUGGAUAUGGAAGAGCUGGCUAAAUACUGGGGCUGUGAUGAUAACCCAAGAAAAUAUCAUCAUACUGCACCUAUCAACACAUUUUUCUGUCUGCGAGAAGCCUUGGCAAUUCUUGCAGAAAAGGGACUAGAGAACUUCUGGAAACGUCAUAAGGAGAACAGCGUGUACCUGUGUGCAGGACUACAGAAGUUAGGCCUUCAACUCUUUGUGAAAGAACUGGAUGCAAGACUUCCAACAGUGACCACUCUCUUUAUACCUAAGGGAUAUGACUGGAAGGAUAUUACAGAAUAUAUUAUGAAAAAUCAUGGGAUUGAGAUUUCAGGAGGCCUAGGUGCUUCAGCAGGCAAGGUUCUUCGAAUAGGAUUGAUGGGCUACAACUCUACUAAAUUCAAUGUUGACAGAAUUCUCCAUGCCCUGGAAGAUGCUCUCCAACACUGUCUCAAGACCAAGCUAUGA